AAUGGUCUUAAGCACGCCGAUAAACGAACUUUAAUGACAUACUGUUUACAAAUACAAAGUGAAUUACGGAAAGUUAUCCAAGUAAUUGCUCGAUUACUUAGUUAAUUGACAAAAAAUAAAUAAAACAGUUAUAUUACAAAGGGAGAAAAAACGCUAUUGAAAGUGUAUAAUUAUUUUAAAGUGUUAGUGAGUUGAAAAAGUAAUUUAAAAAAUUAAAAAAAAAAAGUUCAAAAAAAAAUAAAACAUUUGAAAAAAAUUUUGAAACAUGUCCAGCGCCCAAGUGUCGCAACCGCCCACGUUGCAGGCGCAGCAACAUCAACAACAGCAGCAGCAACAACAGCAAAUCUCACACUUCCUCAAUCACAUUGCCGCCGCACAGCAACAGCAGCAACAACAACAACAAACCGCCUCGCCACAACGCAGUGAUUAUCAAAAUGACAACAACACCAGCUCCACGCUAUCACCGCGCUCACCCGCACAUUCCAGUCCCACACACUCAUCACACUCACCGCGCUCCACCACAAAUUCACCGCCCAACGGUGCUUACGCCAGCAAUACAAGUCCUCAACCGGACGGCAGUCAUCACGCCGUCUUACACCUGCCUCCCACCAGCAACACUGGCUUGCCACUAAUUGUUGCACCAAUGCCCGCGCUGCCGCACUUGCCGCCCAUGACAGCCACAACGGUGGCGAAUAGUUUGCGCGAUCAACGCAUCUUCCCGACAUUGGCAACACCGUCCGCGCCACAGCAGCCUACACUGGCCGCACCACGACUCUACGAUACUUUUGCGCCCGGUGCGCUACCCGUCGGUCAUGCCGCUUUGGUGAACGGCUGCUAUCCGAUGCCGCGCUUGCCGCUGAGUAAUGUAAUGUUGGCGCAACAAAACGUCGCUUCCGCUUCACCGCCUGUUACAACGCCGGCAACGACACAGAGUCAGCCGAAGAAGUCAUUCUGCAUUGAUGCACUGCUGGCUAAGACGCAGAGUAGUGAUGAGGUAGUGGAGCGGGGCGCCGAGAAGCCACUGACCGAGGAUCGUUUGGCGGCGUUCCAUUAUGCGCGCGAUAAUGCCGAGCUGAAUCAAGCGAUUGCCGCCGGCAUAAGCGAGCAGGAGGCGCUGCAGCGGAUACGUGAGUCGCGCGAGUACGGUACGCCGAGUCCCGAUGGCAUGUCGAGAUCCGAAUCUCCCACAUCUUCACACCGAUCUAGUCCGCCCAUAAGUCCCGGCUGCGAAGAUCAACACCAUAUAGGCAUGCCAAUGGAUUUCCAUGAUGAAUUUAAGAAGCCAAUACCGCCGCAUAGUCCCAUUAGACCGCAAGACUUUCCGCUCUACGCUGGCGGACAUCCUUACCAAUUGCUGGCACAAGGUGGUUCGGCGUUUCAUCGUCCACUGGAUCCAACAGGCAAACCGAUACCGUUAUCCAUGGGUCACACAUUCAUGCCUUCGCACCUUCAAUUCGAAUUUCUGGCUCGUGCCGGCAUGCUGCACCAUCGCAUACCCGAACUGGCCGCCUAUCCGCAUCACGCCAUACUGGGGAAGACACGUCGCCCACGCACCGCAUUCACAUCGCAACAGCUGCUCGAACUCGAAAAGCAAUUCAAGCAAAACAAAUAUUUGUCCCGCCCGAAGCGUUUCGAAGUGGCCAGUGGCCUCAUGCUCUCCGAGACGCAGGUGAAAAUCUGGUUCCAAAAUAGACGCAUGAAGUGGAAACGCUCCAAGAAGGCACAACAGGAGGCGAAGGAACGUGCCAAACAACAACAGCAACAGCAGCAACAACAACAACAGAGUGCAAACAACAGCAGUUAGUUGCUGACCGCGGCGAUAAUUCUGCCAAAAGGCAUACACGAUCCGGUUCAUUACGCCAAAUAUCCAGCUAACGGUACGCACGACAGCAGCAGCACUGCCACCAGCCAUCGCCCGAGCACUGACUCCGGCAUCAGUCAUGCCGCUCGUAAUUAUAAUUCUAGUCAAACACUUGCGUCGGCCAACGAACUUGCAGCAAUGUAGCAAUGUCGUCGGCUAGUCGCGCGUUGUUGUUGUGCGGAUAGCGUGUACUCAUUUGUCGAGGAAGCUGUCAUUGUUGCUGCUGCUGUUAUUGCAUCCGUCGCCAAUUGCAUUGCUGGUGGACGUACAAUGAGGCUUGGCGUUGCCUUUCUGUUUGCUUUGUAAUUAGUCCGAUUGCGCCAGGAUGCGACCGUGUGCGGGAUACACGAGUGUGUUUAAGUGAGAGGUGGGAUGUGAGGACGUAUGCGCCUGCUCGAUAAAGGCUCACAAUCCAAUAUUUUGGAAAAGAAAUGGAGUAGUGGUAUCUCAAAAUGAACGCGUAUGUGUGUUUGUCGCCUCCUGUUGAUUUCGUUCGGCGGCAGCACGAAGGGACUCUCGUUAGCAACAAAUUGCAUUGUGUGAUACGACAAAUUAUAGUAUUUAUUGAAGGCAAUUCGAGAUGUAUUUUGUAAAUAGCUAAGUGUAUAUGGUAUUGUAAUUGUAAUUGUAAUUAUGUAAUUGUAGAGAAUUUUACUAUAAAACAACU